UCUUUUUUCUUGCACACACAACAGACGUUUUUUGUGCAAUAGGCAAAAUAACAUUCAAUAACAUUGUAACAUUUGGUAAAAUUGGUCAGUUGAUCGUUGAUCAAUCUUAAUCAAGCUAUUUGGCGUUUAGAAGUAAUUGUGAUAACCGUAUUUUAUUUUAUUGCAAAGAAAACAAAUAAUUUGCGUUUGUUAAAACAUACAAAUAUUAGUUGUUGCUUUGUAAUGUUAUGCUUGCAUUCAAGACUAUAAAAACAGUUGUGCAUAUAUGAUAGUGAACAAAGUGAAAGAAAAUAAAGAAAAUGCCUUUAUUUGGUAAAGAAAAGAAACCGAAGAAGGAACCAAAAGAUAGCGACAAACCAUGUUUGGAAGACAAAUAUUAUUUAAAAGAAUUAUUAGGAACUGGGGCUUUCUCAGUAGUAAGACUUGCAGAGAGCAAGGAUAACCCUGGUAUAAUGCAUGCGGUCAAAAUUAUUGAUAAGAAAGCUUUAAAAGGCAAAGAAGAUUCUUUGGAAAAUGAAAUCAAGGUCCUGCGGCGGUUAAAACAUCCUAACAUUGUACAACUGUUGGAAACAUUCGAAGACAAAUCAAAGGUGUACUUAAUUAUGGAACUAGUCACUGGUGGAGAACUAUUUGAUAGAAUAGUUGAAAAAGGUUCAUACACAGAAAAAGAUGCGGCAGAUCUAAUUAGGCAAGUUUUGGAAGCUGUGGACUACAUGCAUGAGCAAGGUGUUGUACAUCGUGACCUUAAGCCUGAAAAUUUACUUUACUAUUGUCCAGAUGAAGAUAGUAAAAUUAUGAUUAGUGAUUUUGGACUCUCUAAGAUGGAGGAUUCUGGAAUUAUGGCCACAGCAUGUGGAACUCCAGGUUAUGUUGCUCCAGAAGUACUUGCUCAGAAGCCCUAUGGGAAAGCAGUCGAUGUUUGGAGCAUAGGAGUGAUAUCUUAUAUUUUAUUGUGUGGGUAUCCACCAUUUUACGACGAAAAUGAUGCCAAUUUAUUUGCGCAAAUAUUAAAAGGUGAAUUUGAAUUCGAUUCUCCUUAUUGGGAUGAAAUUAGCGAUUCGGCAAAGGAUUUUAUAAGGAAUUUGAUGUGUGUCAAUGUUGAAAAAAGAUACACAUGUCGUCAAGCCCUAGGUCAUCCUUGGAUAUCUGGUAAUGCUGCUAGUAAUAAAAACAUCCAUGGAACUGUAUCAGAACAGCUUAAAAAGAAUUUUGCAAAGUCACGUUGGAAGCAAGCCUAUCAUGCGACAACUGUAAUAAGACAAAUGCAAAAAAUGGCUUUAAGUAGCGGUAGUGGGGGUAAAAGCCCCACCCCGACACGCAGCAUGUCCACCCAAUCGAGUGGAACUCCUUGCGGAAGUUUGAACGGUGCCCAGGACAAGUAAACUUAACUAUUUAGACAAAAAAAAUGUUGUUCACUAUGCAUCUUUAUAUUACGCUUUUCAAACAAUUUAAAAUCAUUCUUUUAACGCAGCGUUUUACUUCCAGUUACAACAGUUUAAUGAGAGAUAUAACUGAUAUUGAUUAAAUUUUUCUGUGAUCAUAAAUAAACCAUAAUUUAACGGAAACCUCAAGAAAUCUUAAUUGAUAACAGUUUAUGGUAAUUUUCAUUUUGUCGCGCGACUGACUGUCUACAAAGCCACUAUCGGAAAUAGAACUAACGUACUUUGUUUUUAUUGUUGAUUUUAUGACGGUGAUGUCUCUAAAUUCUGCUUGUCGAUAAAAUUAAUUUAACACAAAAAAUCUGGUCAUUAGGAAAAUUUAUAUAUAUUGUAAUGGUUUCACCCUGUAUAAGGUAGAACUACUCCACUAAGGACUGUGGCUUCAAUAGCUUCUUACAAUAAUUAAAAAAGAAAUCAAUAUCUAAAUGAAUUAAAAAUUGGAAUUAAAUCUUCAAUUUAUUAUGAUACUCCAGACUUUCUAUACCUCUUUAACUCCUGCCUGUCUAUAAUUCCUGGUCUCCUACGUCCUGCUGUUUCUUUUUUAUCUGCUUAUCUGCUAAAACACCUUUUUUAGGGUUCUAUACCCAAAGACUUCUGUGUGAGGAGUAUAAUAAAAGAGAUAUUAACUUGGCCCUAGUCUCAUUGUUACUCCUGUACAACUUAUCUCCUAUUUUUAAAUGCUAAAUUAAUUUUUUUCGACAACUAGGUAUAUUUGUUGAGACAUUGUUUUGUUAGUACUUAAAUACAGUACUUAUGUUGGUCGUAGGAUAGAUGACAUGACGUUAAUACAGUAUAAAACGGAGAUAGCGCCAUUGCCUUUAUGUCGCCCUCAAUUUAUGGCUAUGCCAGACGUAAAAACUUAAUUACUGCAGUACAUAGAUAAAAAGUUGAUUAUGAAUAGUACUUAUUUAAAUUUAAUGAAAUCUAACGCAUAAUGUAUAUCAGUUUUAUUUCCUGAACAACUUGAAAUUUGCAACUAUCUUAUUUUACAGUUUACUUUACAUUUAAACCUGGAAAAAUGCCACGAUUUAAAAGCAUGAUUUUAAAUAUAUUUAGGUCCAGGUUGUAUUAUACCUUGUCACUUUAAGAGAGGACUUUCAACCAAAAUAAUCAUGUGAUGUUUAUUUGAUGCAAAACUUACAGUAUGUAAUAUAUGUAGAUCAUCGAAGUAGAAUGAAGUAGAGACGACAGAUGCACGCACUUUGUGAUGGAACAGUGUAAUCAAAAUGGCGUUUAUUCUCAUCAAACGUGUAAUGCAAAGCAUCUCCUCGUUAUUCUAUCUCAAUGAUGUAGGUGGACCAUGUAUAGCAUAACUAUUAUAAGUUUGCUUUUUAAGGGGUUUCAUAAACCGCUCCUCAAUGUAAAGAUUAUUUUGUAUAGCUAGUAGUAUAAAGAAUUGUUGUUAUGAUGCUUAAUGUUGUAGAAUUUUACUUUCAUAUUUUUAAUUAAAAACUGCUCAAAUCCUUUAGCAGAUAAUAAUUUUAUUAAUUUAGAAGUUUUAUAUUUUUUUACUUCUUUCUGUAUUGCCAUUUGCUCUUUUAAAAAAAGGCCAACGGCUUUUAAUUUAUCAUGACGGCCUGGUUAGUAUAUUAUAGUUUGCAUAGAAAUUGAAUCUGAGGUGAAAUAUCCAAAAUGCGUUUAGUCAAAAUAGGCCAGUAAGCAGGUGAAACUUCCGAAUGAAUCGAAAUUAGUGAAAGUUUAAAAAUUACUGUUAAAUUUUUCGAUUUGUUUGUGUUUACUUACUGACCUAUCACUUCGCUGGAUUUAAUUUUGUUCCUCAUUUUCACAUAAUCUUGAUUAAAAAAAAUUAAAUGGAUAGAAUCUCAAAAAACUUUUAAACAAUCAUUAUUAAAUAAACUAGAAUACAAACAAAAAGUAGGUACAAAAAAGUAGAAACGUAUGUUGUGUAUUAGUUUUUAUGUUGUUGUAUUUGAGCAUUUUUUAACAAUUUUGCACAAAUUGCUUAUUUAUAAAAAAAAAACAGGAAUCGAAUAGAAAUUAAUGAAUCUCUGUAAGGAUCUUUGUGUUAAAGUAUCAAAUUAUUUUAGGUUUGUGUAACAUAUAUAUGAGCAAUAUUAAAUGUUGAAAUAUAAUCCUAUUAAAGUACUAAAAUGGCACUUAAUCUUUGCUUGCUUCAAAUAAAUAGCGAGUUUUCUGAAUUGUUCUAUUAUACACAUAUAUCAUGUUCAGGAGAUACAUUGCUUAGUAUAUAUUUUCUGUGAUAAUUAAGGUCUGAAAUUAUAAAAUUAUAUGCGAAUCUCAUUCAAGAAUCUCAAUUUGGAACUUUCUAUUUAAGAAUAUUUUUAAUUUUCCAAAAGUAUUCAGCAAAAAUGUGACAGUCAAGGAAUCUUCCUUCCCUGACAUUAGGGGAUUCCAUGCAGUGGUAUAUUUUAUUUAAAAUUAUAUAGAAAUUAAAGAAAAAUAAAGUUUAGGUUGUGCUAUCAAUCCCUACUCUGAUGAAAUUUAAUUUAUAUCAAAUUGAUCUAGUUUUCCAUACAGAAUUCAUUUUAUAUUUUCUGACAACAGUCUGUAAUGUCAGUAAUUUCUUAAGAGUGAUAUCGUAGGUUUAAAUUAUUUGCUUAUGUUAUAAUUAAAUUAAAAUGAAAAAUAAUUGUCAGUUGAAAUUAUUUGCUUAAAAUAUAUUUAGGUGUUUAUAAAAACUAAAAGACUCAUUCAUAAGAUUAUUUAUGGAUGUUUCUAUUGAUGGAAUUGCGUAAAUAAAAUCUCUAGGUACACAAAAUGUGUACAAACUGCUUCCACAAUAUUAUAUAAGAAUUGACAAAUAAUAAACCUUUCAAAAACUAAAUUGAAGAUAUUAAAUGCUUGGCAUUCUGCUACAGCCUUUUCAGCAAUUGAUAUCCCUCCUGAUUUAAAAACCGUCCAUUUUUUAAUAUUUUUUAUUUAUAACAUUUUUUUUUUUUUUAAUUAC